AUGGCUGAGCUCGAAUAUGUCCCUCCCGCGGCUUCGGCGGAGGCUUCCCUCAAAGGCAGCGGCCUACGCGACGAACAUGAGCUCCCCCAAAAAACUGGCUCCCAGUCAUUGUCACCUGAUAGCAGUGGAGAGCACGAUUCCUCUAUCGACGGGGAAAACAAAGUAUAUAUGGAUGUCUCCCCGACCGCUACCACUCCGAAUCCACACCCCCUUCGGCAAGAGGCCAAGGAUUUCUCCUCCCGGACAGCAGACAAUCUUGAGCAGACAGAAACAGUUGUUGCCAUUGAGAAUACAGAUGCUGAAGAACCUAAUCCAGACAGUGGGGUAACAGCUCUUGAACCCCAUGAAGGCGCUGAGGGUUCUGCACAUAACGAAUCGGAGAUGGCAAAAUCUCCGUCGCCAGAGGAUGAUACCGCAACAGAUCCGAGCACAUUUGAUGUCAGAACGCGCUCAGACUCGAGGUCUACCGUCACGACUCAGAACGCCCAGCGAUCUACGCCAAUUAGCUCCGCUGUGUUCAUUUUAACGGCACUCGAUACAAUCGGGUCUUCAAAGGAUGCACGGCGGAGCAAGGGGUUGGAAGAAGCUGUGGCCAAAGCUCGUGCGAAUAUUAAACAAUCUGACGAACAACCUAUUGAUCCAGAAGCCAUAUUUGCACCGUUACAGCUGGCUACGAAGACGCUUAGCAUACCCUUACAGGUGACAGCCCUAGACUGUAUCGGCAAGCUGAUCACCUAUUCUUAUUUCGCGUUCCCGUCCGUCCCUGCUGCUGGCGAAGAUCCACAGGCAACCCCCGAUCAGCUUCCACUUAUAGAGCGUGCUAUUGAGACAAUUUGUUCUUGUUUUGAGAAUGAAUCAACCCCCCCUGAAAUUCAACAACAGAUCAUUAAGUCCCUCCUCGCCGCCGUACUGAAUGACAAAAUUGUCGUCCACGGAGCUGGUCUUCUAAAGGCUGUUAGACAAAUAUAUAAUAUCUUUAUAUAUUCCAAAUCUAGUCAAAACCAACAGAUUGCCCAAGGGUCACUCACCCAGAUGGUAGGCACUGUGUACGACAGGGUCCGCGUUCGUUUGGAUCUUAAGGAGACCCAGAUUCGCGACAGGGAAGACCAUGAUGGUUCCUCACCAGCGCCGGACUCAAUAAGCCAGGCCAAUGGUGACUUGCGAAGCGAGCAAGAUUCGUCAUCUGAAGCUUCCCAACCUGUUCCUGACCAACCCGUCGCCAAGGAUUUGACAGAGAAGCUCACCCUGCAGAGUUUUGAAACAAAUAAGGACACUCUUCUAGUCAACGAUAAUGCUCCAACAAUGGUUACGCGAGCGAAAGUUAGCAGGAAGCGUGAAAAGUCUGUAUCUGGCGACGAAGGUGAUUCCUUCGCCGACGACGACGUGGAUGAAAUAUAUGUGAAAGAUGCCUUCCUCGUUUUCCGCGCGUUGUGCAAACUCAGUCAUAAAGCUCUUUCUCACGAACAGCAACUGGAUAUCAAAUCUCAGAAUAUGAGAUCCAAGUUGCUCUCCUUGCACUUAAUCCAACAUCUCCUCAGCAAUCAUAUCGCGGUUUUUACUUCUCCUCUCUCAACCUUAAAACAUAGCAGCAAUUCCUCCGACUCCAUGACUCUUUUAGAAGCUGUCAAACCGCACCUUUGUCUAAGUCUGAGUAGAAAUGGUGCUAGCUCUGUUCCGCGCGUUUUUGAAGUUGGUUGCGAGAUAUUUUGGCUCAUGCUCAAACAUAUGAGAGUUAUGCUCAAGAAGGAAAUUGAAGUAUUUCUCAAAGAAAUUUACCUCGCCAUUUUGGAAAAGCGGAACUCUCCAAUGUUUCAAAAACUAUAUUUUAUGGACAUUCUAGAGAGGCUGUCCGCCGACCCAAGGGCACUUGUGGAAAUUUAUUUGAAUUAUGACUGUGAUCGGACGGCUUUAGAAAAUAUAUUUCAAGGCAUUAUCGAACAUUUAUCGAGGCAGUCGAGCACUCCUAUAACAGUGACGGCGAUGCAGGAGCAACAAUAUCAGGAACACAGCAAAUCCCAAUCUCCUAAUAAUGAUUGGCACCAGAAAGGAACACUUCCACCCUCGCUUUCCACAGCGAAAAUGGGCUCUGGAACACCCACAGGCACCCAAAGUAUUCCCCAAGAAUACGUUUUGAAACAACAAAAAGUAAAGCAGCGAAAAAUUGCCCUCACGAAUGCUAUCAAGCAAUUUAAUUUCAAACCAAAAAGAGGAAUCAAGGCGCUGCUCUCGGAAGGAUUCAUCCGAUCCAACUCCCCUGUGGAUAUCGCGAACUUCCUAAUUCGAAAUGACCGACUGGAUAAAGCAACUCUUGGAGAGUAUCUCGGGGAGGGCGAUGCCGAAAAUAUUGCCAUUAUGCACGCGUUUGUUGAUUGUAUGGAUUUCAAGAAGCGUCGGUUCGUGGAUGCUCUCCGGCAAUUCUUGCAGAGUUUUCGAUUACCUGGCGAGUCCCAGAAAAUUGACCGGUUCAUGCUUAAAUUUGCUGAGCGAUAUUUAACUGGCAACCCGAAUGCUUUCGCCACUGCUGAUGCCGCCUACGUUCUUGCAUAUUCGGUUAUCUUGUUAAAUACCGAUCUUCACAGCACCAAAAUGAAGGGAAGGCGAAUGACGAAGCAGGAUUUUAUCAACAACAAUCGCGGGAUCAAUGAUAAUAGCGACCUUCCCGAAGAGUACCUCUCCGGUAUUUAUGACGAGAUCGCUAAUAAUGAGAUCGUUCUUAAUACCGAGAGGGAGAAUGCUGCUAAUUUGGGCAUUCCAACACAACCACAACCAGGGUUAGCCACCAGGGCAGGGCAAGUUUUGGCAACUGUUGGCCGAGAUGUACAGGGUGAACGCUAUGCGCAAGCAUCGGAGGAGAUUGCCAACAAAACCGAACAGCUUUAUCGAAGUUUGAUCCGAGCGCAGCGCAAGUCUGCGAUCAAAGAAGCUCUCUCGCGCUUUAUCCCCGCGACCUCGGCGCGGCAUGUUGGGUCCAUGUUCAAUGUUACUUGGAUGUCCUUUCUUUCUGGUCUCUCGGCGCAUGUCCAGGAUACUCAACAAUUAGACACGAUACGUCUUUGUAUGGAGGGAAUUCGUCUGUCAAUCCGCAUCGCUUGCCGAUUCGACCUAGAAACCCCUCGCGUUGCCUUCGUUACCGUGUUGGCGAAGUUUACAAAUCUAGGCAAUCUCAGAGAAAUGAUGGCUAAAAAUAUGGAAGCGUUGAAGGUGCUGCUUGAUGUUGCUAUUUCUGAGGGUAACCACUUGAAGGAAUCUUGGCGAGAAAUCUUGACUUGUAUAAGUCAACUUGACAGAUUCCAGCUCCUUACCGAUGGCGUGGAUGAAGGGGCGCUGCCGGAUGUGUCGAUGGCUAGGCUUACUCCACCGUCAACUGCAGAUGCCUCUCGCUCCAGAAAAUCUUCUCAAGCACACCGACGACCUCGACCUCGCUCCAUGCAAAAUGCAAAUGCGCACUACCGUGUCGAGGUGGCUAUGGAAAGUCGCUCUACAGAAAUGAUUCGUGGCGUUGACCGCAUAUUUACGAACACUGCCAACCUCUCCAACGACGCCAUUGUAGACUUUGUUCGGGCGCUCAGCCACAAAGUUGUUGAGAUCAGUUACUAUAAUAUGACCCGAGUGAGGAUCGAAUGGAGCAGGAUCUGGGAGAUUUUGGGCGAACAUUUCAACCAGGUUGGCUGUCAUACCAAUACGGCCGUUGUAUUUUUUGCUCUCGACUCUCUCCGCCAGCUUUCCAUGCAGUUUAUGGAAUUGGGAGAACUGCCCGGGUUCAAAUUCCAGAAAGAUUUCUUGAAACCAUUUGAGCACGUCAUGGCCCACAGCACUACGGUUACUGUCAAGGAUAUGGUACUUCGCUGUCUCAUCCAGAUGAUUCAGGCUCGUGGUGAUAAUAUUCGGUCUGGAUGGAGAACUAUGUUUGGUGUUUUCAGUGUUGCUGCGCGAGAGCCCUAUGAGGGAAUCGUUAGCAUGGCAUUUGAGCACGUCCUGCAGGUCUACACGACUCGUUUUGGUGUUAUCAUUACCCAAGGCGCUUUCGCAGACCUCAUUGUGUGCCUCACAGAUUUCUCGAAAAACCUCAAGUUCCAGAAAAAGUCUCUUCAGGCAAUUGAAACAUUGAAAUCCACCAUUCCUAAAAUGCUUAAGACUCCUGAAUGCCCGUUGUAUCAACGCCGCCCUGGAGAAGAAGGAGCUGAUGUACCGACUCAACCUCUGCAGCCAAGUCGACAAUCGGCGGAAGAACAAUUCUGGUAUCCUGUCUUGAUUGCCUUCCAGGACGUACUGAUGACUGGUGAUGAUCUUGAAGUUCGAUCAAGGGCGUUGAACUAUCUUUUCGAGACUUUAAUCCGAUUCGGAGGAGACUUCCCUCCAGAAUUUUGGGAUAUCCUUUGGAGACAACUGCUUUAUCCUAUUUUCAUCGUCCUCCAGUCGAAAUCAGAGAUGUCGAAGGUGCCAAAUCAUGAAGAAUUGUCUGUUUGGCUCUCAACCACAAUGAUCCAAGCUCUGCGUAAUAUGAUUACUCUGUUCACACAUUACUUUGACUCCCUCGAGUAUAUGUUGGAUCGGUUUUUGGAGCUACUCACUCUAUGUAUAUGCCAAGAGAACGACACGAUUGCACGAAUUGGCAGCAACUGUUUGCAACAACUUAUCCUACAAAACGUCUCCAAAUUCCAGGAGAAGCAUUGGACGAAAAUCGUAGGGGCUUUCGUGGAAUUGUUUGAGAAGACUACUGCCCAUGAACUAUUUACUGCAACUACCACAGCACCUUUUAAGGAAUUAGAGGCUCAAAAACGCAAUGCCGAAAAUGCGGCAAGUGAAGAGUCUGCUGACAAAACUAUGAAUGAAGAGCUUUCGUCGACUUCUAUGCCUACGAAGGUUAAUGGAAAUACUCAUUUUGAUGGGGAAAGUCAUGAUGCGGAGGAUAGCCAAUUGAAUCCUGGCCAACUUCCCCCAGCCGCAUCUUCGGAGCUUGAAGAUUACCGUCCCCAAUCCCAAAUGGGCCAACCUCCUGCAAUAGUGACAGUUGCACGAAGACGCUUCUUUAACGGAAUCAUCACCAACUGCGUUCUACAGUUACUGAUGAUUGAGACAGUCCACGAGCUCUUCUCGAAUGAUGCCGUCUACGCACAGAUACCCAGCCAGGAACUUCUCCGCCUCAUGGCACUCCUUAAGAAAAGUUACCAGUUCGCGAAAAAAUUCAACGAAGCCAAGGAUCUCAGGGUCCAACUGUGGCGGCAGGGUUUCAUGAAACAGCCGCCGAAUCUUCUCAAACAAGAAAGCGGAAGUGCCGCUACAUAUGUCAAUAUUCUGUUCCGCAUGUACCAUGAUGAAGGUGACGAACGGAGGAACAGCAGAGCCGAGACAGAAGCUGCACUUAUCCCCCUAUGCGCGGAUAUCAUUCGUGGUUAUGCCCAUCUGGAUGAAGAAACCCAGCAACGCAACAUCGUGGCGUGGCGACCAGUAGUCGUGGACGUUAUGGAAGGAUACACCGGCAUGCCCCGUGAGACUUUCGAAAAGCACAUUGAAACCUUCUAUCCAAUCUGCAUUGAUCUUCUCGGCCGCGAUCUCAACAACGACGUUCGGCUUGCCUUAUACUCCUUUCUCCGUCGUGUAGGAGAGUGCCGUCUCGGAAUGCCUCCGUACAUCCCACCAGAAACACCCUCCAGCCCACGGAGCUUUACUUCUCAACACUAUUUUAAUGGCAGCAGGCGGCGUAGUAAAGGACGGUGA